UUAUCACUAUAUUAUAAUAUAAUAAAUCAGAUAAACAUCGGAGAGAUAUGAUCUAAAAAUGAGCCAUAUAUGGCCCAUAAAUGAGUCAUUUAUGGCUCAUUUUUUAUCUCAUUUUUCACGGCCUGGGCCACGGUUACGGUUAACCGUUCAACCGGUUAUUUACGGUUAACCGUUCGACCGGUUACUACGGUUACGGUUAUGACCGGUUACGGUUAUGACCGGUUACGGUUAUGACCGGUUACGGUUAACCGCCUAAUUGGGAGUAAAUAUGACCAAAUUUUUUAAAAAGGUAUGGGAGGGGGGUGUAACGGUCUCGAAGCCCGUUACUAUUCCUUUACUGUAAUCUUCGAACUACAGCUGUUAAUCAAUCAAAAUUACCAAAUAAUUUUGGGCAGUCACAAGAAUUAAAUCAACAAACAAAUAUCCGUUGCUGGAUACACACGACAGCAGCUAUCAUCAUCACAAAAUCAGCAAUAUUUAAACUACUAAGGAAGAGGUCGAAUGAGGAUAAACCUACUUCCGAUUUAAAAGAAUCCUCAACAAUAACCACGACAGUAAUAAAUAAUGUAGAACAAAUCGACAGCAAUACAUCUCAACAAAUUAUCAGAGUCGUUCAGCAUGAUGAUGGUGGAAAACGUUCUGCAAUAGAAGCGUUACGAAUCUUUGGUGCUGCUGGCCGUAAUGAAGAGGCAUUAACAAAGAAGAAACAACAAUCUCUAUUAGAUGUAGAUCGUCAAUCGAAUCCUGUUCGACAAAAAUUUGUUGACCAUCAUCUCAAAAAUCAGCAACAAUUAUCAACAAUAAUUGAAGAAGACGAAAAUGAUACAACAACAUCCAAUGACUCUAAUGAGGAUACCAUGUCUGAAGAGGAGGAUGUACAACAAGAUGCCGCUGAAGAUGGUGAUCCGCUAUGUAUGACAAGAAAAUUAAUGGGCAUGCAUCUAACGCUUACUGAUUCCAAUGCCAGCUAUAAAAUUACCAGAGGCUGCGCUACAACAAAAGGAAAAAUUAACGAUAUUAAUGGGAUUUUAACGAUUGAUACAGGUGCAGGAGUAACAAUAAUGAAUUAUCAACAUUGGAUAAUCAUCGGUGGCAAUUCACAAGAUAUUCAUCCAUAUUCUGGGUCAGAUAUCGUUGGUCCAGAAGGAAGCUCUAUACAACCAGCAGGCUGGAUUGAUGUAGAUAUCACAGUUGCUGGACAAACAACACGCCACCCAUGCAUCCUAGCACAAAAAUUCAAUCAAUUAAUAUUGUUGGGAACAGAUUUUCUGUACAAAACAGGAAUUAUAUUGGACAUUCGCGGUGGAAGAUUAUGGCGAAAAUCAACACCACUCUACAAAUACCUAUUAAGUACAGAUCUUCAUCAAGCUGGUCGUUUGGAUGUUCCGGUUUAUGCCACAGGGAAACGAAUUCGCGCUUCUGUAUUGAUUACCGUCGGUUUUUGGCAAGUAGAGCUCGAUGAGGAAAGUAAAGAGAAAACGGCAUUUGUGACACACGAUGGCUUAUUUCAAUUCACUGUGAUGCCGUUUGGUUUAACUAAUGCACCGGCUACAUUUCAACACCUCAUGGACGUUAUUUUGUCCGGCUUGAAAUGGCGCUGUUGCUUGGUAUAUCUAGAUGAUGUCAUCAUCUUCUCUUCUACUUUUGAUCAACAUCUCAAAGGCAUAAACGAUGUUUUAGGACGAUUGCGUCAGAGUAAUCUAGCUCUUAAAGCAUCUAAAUGUCAUUUUUGCCACAGAGAGCUCAAAUAUUUAGGACACAUAGUUAGUACCAAGGGUACACGACCUGAUCCAGAAAAAUUAAAAGCUGUACGUGAUUUCCCUGUUUCGUACAAAGCCAAAGGUGUCCGCUCAUUUCUUGGAUUAACCGUUUAUUAUCGUCGGUUUAUCCAAGACUAUGCAACUAUAGCUGAGCCUCUGUUGCAAUUAAUUGGUGUUAAGCGUUCACCUGUUUUCGUCUGGAUACCAGAAUGUCAGGAUUCUUUCGAUGAGUUAAAACAAAAGCUCAUAACUAGUCCCAUAAUCUCAUAUCCAGACUUCAAUCAUCCAUUUAUAUUACAACUGGAUGCGUUCGAUUAUGGAUUAGGAGCUGUGUUAGCCCAGAAAGUUCCUCCGGAUGGAGAGGAACAUGUAAUCGCUUACGCUAGCCGCACGUUAAACGAAUCGGAACGUAAAUAUUCCGCUACGGAACGUGAGUGUUUGGCGAUUGUUUGGAGGACUCAACACUUUCGUCCAUAUUUGGAAGGAAGGCCGUUUGAAGUCUGGACGGGUCAUCGAUCUCUAACAUGGCUCAGAAGGAUCCGACUAGUCGAUUAG